GGUGUUGGCUUAUGAGGUGUGACACACUUGAACUGGAUACAAACUAGAGCUGACUGAGAGUCUCCGCCAGUGUUCAUCACAUCAGUGGACAAGACACAUUUGAUUUCACUUUCUGUCAGAGGCUGUAGGACAAUCAGUCAAGAUGACGCACCAGUUCCCUUCACUCUCCGAGGCGCAGAAGAGGGAACUACAUGAGACUGCUCUACGCAUAGUUUCUCCAGGGAAGGGCAUCCUGGCUGCAGAUGAGUCUGUGGGCAGCAUGGCUAAGCGGCUGGCCCAGGUGGGAGUGGAGAACACAGAGGAGAACCGUAGACAGUACCGGCAGAUUCUCUUCAGUGCAGACGACCGCGUCAAUGGCUGCAUUGGAGGGGUCAUCUUCUUCCAUGAGACGCUGUACCAGCACUCUGAUAACGGUGUACCCUUUGUCAAAAUGAUUAGGGACAGGGGUAUUCUGGUCGGCAUCAAGGUUGACAAGGGUGUUGUCCCCCUGGCAGGAACCAGUGGAGAAACCACCACACAGGGUCUAGACGGACUGUCAGAGCGCUGUGCGCAGUAUAAAAAGGACGGAGCCGUCUUUGCAAAGUGGCGCUGUGUGCUCAAAAUCAGUGACAGCAAUCCAUCUAAACUGGCUAUCACAGAAAAUGCAAAUGUUCUUUCACGCUACUCCAGUAUCUGCCAGCAGCACGGCAUCGUGCCCAUCAUAGAGCCAGAGAUUUUGCCUGAUGGAGAUCAUGACCUAAAACGCAGCCAGUAUGUCACUGAGAAGGUCCUGGCCGCAGUGUACAAGGCCAUGUCGGACCACCAUGUGUACCUGGAAGGGACUCUCCUCAAACCCAACAUGGUCACUGCUGGUCAUAGCUGCCCCACCAAGUACAGCCCGGAGGAGGUUGCCAUGGCAACUCUGACCGCCUUGCGCCGCACUGUUCCCCCAGCGGUCACUGGAGUGGCUUUUCUCUCAGGUGGUCAGAGUGAAGAGGAGGCCUCUGUCCACCUGAAUGCCAUUAACAACUGCCCUCUGCCCAAACCCUGGGUCCUAACAUUCUCCUUUGGCCGAGCCCUGCAGGCGUCUGCGCUCAGAGCCUGGAGAGGACAUAAAGAGAACGAGAAAGUUGACGAGCAGUUCAUCAAGAGAGCAGAGGCGAACAGUCUGGCAUGUCAGGGGAAGUACACUGGGGGUGAUAACUAUGGCGAGGCUGGCCAGCGCAGCUAUGGGUCCUGUCAUGCAUACUGAGCAGUUUGAGAAGCCCCAUUUCAAUUAGCAUUGUUUUCCUACCAUUACCAUAACAAGGAGGAAUUGUAAUGUAGAUUAUUAGGUCAUUUCAGAAUUCUGACACUCAUGAUGAUGUUACAUGAAAACAAGUGACAGCGUGUUUUCUUGCCUUGACAGAUGAGGACAAUCAGAACAUGACCUUGCAUAUUAUCAAUGCAUGUAUUGAAUGAAAGAUAUUUGCUUUACUUUUGUUGUGGAUUUGCAGUAUGCUCUUGGAACUACAGAUUUAAAAUCCUGCAUGUAUUACUUAAUAUCACACAUACUAACUUGCCAUGUGCUGUACAUAAAUUGAAGUUUGGCUCCAGAGCAAUGAAGUUAGUUUGUAUCACAGCAAAGUUAAUUAAACACGCACAAUUCCCAGCCUAUUGCAUGGAAGUAUCUUAAAGUUGUGCAAAGCUUAUCUGUGUGUGAGUGUGUAGUUUAGGUUUAUUAGUGACCAUGCACAUUUCGAAAUAUUGCACCAGAAUUAGCUUCAAGCUAAUUUGCAUGUGCAAUCUCUAGGCAGAAAGCACAAUCAGCACAACAGUGACUUGCAGCACAAUGUGAUUUUGUGUGUGUCAUCAUUCUGAAUAAUAUUCUCUAAUAGUCUGAUAAACAUAGUUCAAAUGUUAAGCCUUAAAAUAAUAAAACAGUUGUUAGGUUAAGUCUGGUGUGGACAUUUUGUUUCAUGUUAAACAAAGUUAUGUGAUGUCUUCGGCCAAACGACAGUGAGUCACAUACUGACUCACAUGAAUACUGUUUCCUAUAUAAGAAACAUUAACACUAGAUGUAGUAGUGUAACCCAAUGCCCACCAACAAUUUAACUUUCAAAAGUAUUGCAAAUAUAGUAUUGCAUAUAUUAUUCCUCUAACACUCCACAAAAAUGGUCACAUUAUCACAUGUAAUUUUUUCACAUAUUUGAGCAUGUGAUAAUGGCAAUACUGUAUGAUUAAUUUAGACUAAAAGUGGCAUUUCACACAGCAAACUUGACUUUUCCUAUCCUAAUUGCUCCCUUGUCUGCAGUGUGUGGAACAAUAAAUCACUUGAAAAUUUCAAAUUCAGAUAUUCUGGGACAGUUUUUGCAUUUUAAUCUCAUAGUCUGUGUAGUCUUAACACUAACAAUGCUGACUUGGCUUUGUUGACAUGUUACGUUAAAUG